AUGGCAAAAGAGAAUGAUCCAUUUAAAUGCCUGCGAUGUGUUAGUAUUGCUAUUUAUUGUUUAAUUCAAUUUGGAUUACUUGGUUGGCAAGUACAAGUAGUAAAAGAAUGGCAAUGGCAUUGGGAAAAUCGUGAAUUACCUGCUACUGGCGCAAUUGAUCAAUACCAGGCAAGAUUUCCAGGUCUUUAUGCGAGGUAUACAGAAACACCCGAAAGUAGAAAAAUUAAUGCCUUAUAUGCUAUAGUGCUUAUUUGUCUCGGAUUAGCUAUUUUCCAUUUACCCAAUUCAGUAGCAAUGCUUUAUGGCUGUAAUAAAUCAUUCCCAAAUUGGAUAUUUCCUUGGUUUUUUACUUCAAUUCCUUUAAUUAUUUUAUGUACAGUUUAUUCAGUUCUUUGGUGGAGUGGAGAUAUAUUUGCUGAACAAUUAACUUUUUCUGUUUUUGAAUUUAUUAUUUCUCUUGCUGCAAAUGGAAUUGGAGUUGUUUUAGUAUUCCUUUAUUAUCAAAGACUUCGUGGUAAACUUCUCUCAGAAAGGACAGGCAAUGGAUAUAAAAUACCUUCAAUUAAUGAAAAUAAUAUUUCUUCUACUAGACAAUUAAGAAUUAAAAAUAAUAGAAAAUUGAAAAAUAAUUUAAAUUUUGAACACCAAUUACCACCAUGGAUUAAAUCUUUGCCUAAUAAACCACCAAAAGCUAUAGAAAGAAAAUUAAGGAGAAAAGAGAGGAAAGAAAUGGAACUUGGAAGACGAUAUGAAAUGAAAAAAAGAAAAAAUAACUUAAAUUAGCAAAUAAAAUGUAUAAAUACAAUUGAAUCUAAUUAUAAUAUAUCCCUAAUAAUGUAUAUGACUAAGUUUGGUACUCGUAGAUGUUGUCAGGCACUAGCUUGGGAAAGAUGCCUAAGCAUGGGUACUCUCAAGACCGAUAAUUUUC